UGGUGGUGGGUUCUUCUUGGCUUUCUUGCCCGGAUUUUUAUUAUUAUUUUUUGCACGUGUGCACGUGUGGCUGAUUGUGAGGGACCGGCAGGCCUAUUCCUUCUCCCGUUUCUGUUCUUGCCAGUCUGUCUGCCUGCAACCCGUCUCAUUGGGGACGAUCUUUUUCUUCUUUUUUCCUUUUUUCCCUCUGGCUGUGUUGGAUAUGCGCUGCGGCAGACGCGAUAGUAGCAAAGGUAAGGUAGGGCAAGCUAAGGUAGAGAGGGUGAAGUGAAGUGAAAUGCGGUUGGGUUCCGUCCAGUACGAUAAACCUGAGCCGUACGGUAGUCUAUGAUUGCCCGUGGGUAUCGUGUGUCGUCGGCUGAGCGUGGAAAUUCACCGAUAGGGAUAGUCGAUACGAGGGAUGGUGGUCGGUCUACUGUACCGUACUCGGGCACUCUUGCAACCGCGGUGUUAGCAUGUGUGCCUGGUUACGAUGGCUCCCGAAGGUCUCUCAACGUGAAGACGAAGGGGAUGGGAAGGGAGGACCCGUUGGCAAGGCUUAUCCGACGCUAUCCACUUCUGCAUGGCUCAUGACGUUGGGGCUUCAUUUGUUUCGUUUCGUUUUGGUGGGAGCCCUCGUCCCCUACGGCUACAUUAGUCCGUGUGAACUAGUUUAACUUGCGCACGAGUAGAUUUAUCCGCAGAGAUCCACCCGGCGCGGAUGGCUAAAAUCCGUGUACGAGCACUGUACGAGUAUGUGUGUACUCGUAUGUACGAGUACGGGUUAUGUUAGAUGGAUGGGUAUACAUGCAUACAUAUCAUACAUACAUACAUGCAUACACGCAUACAUACGCACACAUACCAAACCUUGGGAAAGAGGUAGGUAGGUAGGUAGGUACUGCACUGCACCGUGCAGGUUAUCUAUGAUGAUCAUUUAUUUGUUUGUGAUGAUGGAGUAGAUAUCCGAAACCUUUUGAUCUCCGGGUCAAGUCUUGAUCUUAACCUUUGCAUAGACUUUUUUUUUCUUUUUUCUUCCUUACGAUCUGAUAAGCCGACUACUGAUCAGCCAGCCGAGGAGGAAAUGAACGGUCCAGAAAUCAUUGACCAAAGGGUAAAGUUCUCUUCUCUUUUCUUUUUCCUCUCCCUUCCCUCGAGCACGGUAACUGUACUAUACUGUAUCGGCAGUUCGACCAAGAAUGGGGGGAGUGAGGGUUGGGAAGGAAAAAGGGUAUCGUAUAUAAAAAAGGUUGGAAAUGAUAGUGUGCAAAGUUACUUACUUCCGAGGGAUGGGGAUACAUAUCGUGAUAAUAUAGCAUCUGCACACACCGGUGUCUAACUCCUUUCUUUCUUUCUUUCUUUCUUCCUACGAUCCUUCCCUACG